CAGAAAUGGUCCAAGGGCAAGCUGAAGGAGAAGAGCAACAACAUGGUUUUGUUUGAUGCUGCCACCUACGAGAAGCUGCUUUCAGAGGUGCCCAAGUACAAGAUGAUCACUCCUUCGGUGCUCUCAGACCGCCUGCGGAUCAAUGGCAGCCUUGCACGCGCGGCCAUCAAGGAGCUGGUGGGCAAGGGGCUCAUCAAGGAGGUUUCCAAGAGCCGGGCGCAGUCGAUUUAUACGAGGGCAACCAAGGAGUAG